AUGACAACCUGGGAAAAUGCACAGGCAUUCUGCAGGGAGCACCACACUGACCUGGUCACAAUUAGAAAUGAGCAAGAGAAUGGGAUUUUCAGUGGCUAUGGCUGGAUUGGACUAUAUCGCAAGAGCGGAUCAAGUAUAUGGAAAUGGUCCACAGGAGAUGAGCUGGCUAACUACACCAAUUGGGACGCUAACGAACCACAGACAGAUACAGACUGUGCAUACAAGUCUUCUGACAAAUGGAGGACCAACCGUUGUGAUGUCAAUCAUUCUUUCAUGUGCUAUGAUGACCUGAUUUUGGUGAAGGAGAAUAAGACAUGGGAGGAGGCAUUAGUACACUGUAGGUCUCUGGAUGGAGGGAACACAGAAGAUCCAGCCUCUUCAUACUGGAACUAUAGCUAUGACCUGGCAACCCUGAUCACUCCAUAUGACCACACGUACGCACGAGAGAAAGUGCAAGAGGCUACCACUGAUGAGGUGUGGACAGGCUUGUGUAACCCAGCUGGUGAGUGGCUGUGGGUGAGUGGAGAACAGAUGCAAUAUAAGAAUAUUCCAAGCUGCCCGACUAACGGCUUCUGUGGCGUCCUGGAGAAAAGAGGCACAACAUCUUUCCAAAUAAAAGACUGCAAACUUCGAAGGAACUUCUUCUGUUACAAAAGGAUUUGA